AUUGAUAUUUUCUUUUUUUUCAUUAUUUGAUUCGCAAUCGUCUUGAAAAGUGCAUCGUAGCUUUAUUUGUUAGUGUUAUUUUCUAAGAAUAUUACUAAUUUCCCAAAUACUGUGCGUUUAUUGUUCGUGUAAGGAAUCAAUUUGAUAACAAAAUGCAGAUUUUCGUGAAAACCUUGACUGGUAAGACCAUUACCUUGGAAGUCGAACCGUCUGAUACAAUUGAAAACGUAAAAGCAAAGAUCCAAGACAAGGAAGGUAUUCCACCAGAUCAGCAGCGUUUAAUCUUUGCUGGAAAACAGUUAGAGGACGGUCGCACUUUGUCAGAUUACAAUAUUCAGAAGGAGUCCACUCUUCACUUGGUGCUGCGUCUCCGUGGUGGUAUGCAGAUCUUCGUCAAAACUCUGACGGGCAAAACUAUCACGCUCGAGGUCGAGCCCUCUGACACCAUCGAAAAUGUGAAGGCCAAGAUCCAAGAUAAGGAAGGUAUUCCCCCAGACCAGCAGCGUUUGAUCUUUGCCGGCAAGCAGUUGGAAGAUGGUCGCACAUUGUCUGACUACAAUAUCCAGAAAGAAUCUACCCUCCAUCUUGUACUUCGUCUGCGUGGUGGUAUGCAGAUCUUUGUAAAGACCCUUACAGGCAAGACUAUCACAUUGGAGGUGGAGCCAUCUGACACAAUUGAAAAUGUGAAAGCAAAGAUCCAAGAUAAGGAAGGCAUUCCCCCAGACCAACAGCGACUGAUCUUCGCUGGUAAACAGCUAGAGGAUGGUCGCACCCUCUCAGACUAUAAUAUCCAGAAGGAAUCCACUCUUCACUUAGUCUUGCGUCUGCGUGGUGGCAUGCAAAUCUUUGUUAAAACUCUGACGGGCAAGACUAUUACACUUGAAGUGGAGCCCUCUGACACCAUAGAAAAUGUGAAGGCAAAGAUCCAAGAUAAGGAAGGCAUUCCGCCAGACCAACAGCGAUUGAUCUUCGCCGGUAAGCAGCUGGAAGAUGGUCGCACAUUGUCUGACUACAAUAUCCAGAAAGAGUCCACUCUCCAUCUUGUGCUUCGUCUACGUGGUGGUAUGCAGAUCUUUGUGAAAACCCUCACUGGCAAGACUAUCACAUUGGAGGUGGAGCCUUCUGACACCAUCGAAAAUGUGAAGGCCAAAAUUCAAGAUAAGGAGGGCAUUCCACCAGACCAACAGAGACUGAUUUUUGCUGGUAAACAGCUGGAGGAUGGUCGCACAUUGUCUGACUAUAACAUUCAGAAAGAGUCCACUCUUCACUUGGUCUUGCGUCUGCGUGGUGGUAUGCAGAUCUUCGUUAAAACUCUGACAGGCAAAACAAUCACUCUUGAGGUGGAGCCCUCUGACACCAUCGAAAAUGUAAAAGCCAAGAUUCAAGAUAAGGAAGGCAUUCCUCCAGAUCAACAGCGACUAAUUUUCGCUGGUAAGCAAUUAGAGGACGGACGCACUCUCUCAGACUAUAAUAUCCAGAAGGAGUCGACUCUUCAUUUGGUCUUGCGCCUGCGUGGUGGUAUGCAGAUCUUUGUUAAGACUCUCACAGGCAAGACCAUUACACUUGAAGUUGAGCCCUCUGACACCAUCGAAAAUGUGAAGGCCAAGAUCCAAGAUAAGGAAGGUAUUCCCCCAGACCAGCAGCGAUUGAUCUUCGCCGGUAAACAGCUUGAGGAUGGACGCACUCUCUCGGAUUACAACAUCCAAAAAGAAUCUACCCUUCACUUGGUCUUACGUCUGCGUGGUGGUAUGCAGAUUUUCGUAAAAACCUUGACUGGUAAGACCAUCACACUAGAGGUGGAAGCUUCAGAUACCAUUGAAAAUGUGAAGGCCAAGAUCCAAGAUAAGGAGGGUAUCCCUCCAGACCAGCAGCGACUGAUCUUCGCCGGCAAGCAGCUCGAGGAUGGGCGUACUCUCUCAGACUACAACAUCCAGAAAGAAUCUACCCUUCAUUUGGUCUUGCGUCUGCGUGGUGGUAUGCAGAUUUUCGUAAAAACCUUGACUGGUAAGACCAUCACACUAGAAGUGGAAGCUUCUGAUACUAUUGAAAAUGUGAAGGCCAAGAUCCAAGAUAAGGAGGGUAUCCCUCCAGACCAGCAGCGACUGAUCUUCGCCGGGAAGCAGCUUGAGGAUGGGCGUACUCUCUCGGACUACAACAUUCAAAAAGAGUCUACCCUUCACUUGGUCUUGCGUCUGCGUGGUGGUAUGCAGAUUUUCGUUAAAACCUUGACUGGUAAGACCAUCACACUAGAGGUGGAAGCUUCUGAUACCAUUGAAAAUGUGAAGGCCAAAAUCCAAGAUAAGGAAGGCAUUCCCCCAGAUCAGCAGCGUUUGAUCUUCGCUGGUAAACAGCUGGAGGAUGGCCGUACUUUAUCCGACUACAAUAUCCAAAAGGAAUCGACAUUGCAUUUAGUUCUACGUCUUAGAGGAGGCAUGCAGAUUUUUGUGAAAACCCUGACCGGAAAAACCAUUACUCUGGAAGUGGAACCUUCUGAUACUAUCGAAAAUGUUAAAGCUAAAAUUCAGGACAAGGAAGGUAUCCCACCCGACCAGCAGAGAUUGAUUUUCGCCGGAAAGCAACUGGAAGACGGACGCACUCUCUCGGACUAUAACAUCCAGAAGGAGUCGACCUUGCAUCUGGUUCUCCGUCUUCGUGGUGGCAACUAAGCGCAACCAAUAAUGUUUCUUCAACAUUCAGAAUUUAAAAAAACAAUGUAGUCGAAAUUUGUAAUCUCAUUCAAGUGUAAUCAUUCCAAUUGCGAUAUUAAAUAAACAAUUUGCUUGAUUA